AUGGGGAAGUUUGUUAAGUGUUUGGGAGUGCUGGGAUUCAUGGCAAUGGCAGUGCUCAUGAUUGUUGGGAUUGUGGAGGCUAGAAUGCUUGAGGAUAAGGGAUUUAGUCUUGGUGGUGCUGGUGUUGGUGCUGGAGGAAGUCUCGGUGGUCUCGGUCUCGGUCUCGGUCUCGGUGCUGGAGGAGGUCCCUUUGGUGGUGGUGUUGGUUUUGGUGCUGGAGGAGGUGCCUAUGGUGGUGUUGGUGAAGGAGAAGUUUCUGUUAGUGGUGAACUACCAGAAGGAGGACUUGUGGUUGGUGUCAGAGCAGGUGAUGGUGGUGGUGGUGGAAAAUUGGGCGGCGGAAGGUAG